GAGUGGCGUUUAGUACUGCUCGGGAUCGACGUCAAGAUGGCCAUUUUGUUUACUCCCAGCGCUGGUCGGCUCGUCUAGGUUCGGGGUAUUACCAUACAGAGGUGGAGUAGCUCCAUAGGACACCAUAGUGGUGGGUUCCGAAAAUCAAUAAAAUCCUGAGCGUGUGAAGAGUGUGUGCGGACCUGGUCACUUCCGGCGGGGCUUGUGACACUCCUCUGCGGUGGAGAAUCGUGCGUUCCGGGACUCUCGAGUGCGAGGUGACCUCAAUUCCGCGAGAUUCGGGAGAGGUCGAGUGAAGUGACGGGUGCGAGUUCGAUCCCCGGAAGAUGGUGUAGGAUUUUUUUGUCGGGUAUCGCUGAAUCGUCGUCGUCGCGCAGACGACAAUCAAGAGAAGGAAAAAAGUGGAAUGAAAAUUCGAUAAAAUUUUCCUUUUCGGAAGCGAAAAAAAGAAGUGAGUGUCUGUGUCUGUGCAAUAAGGCAAUCUCUGUGUGUGCUCGGGGAGAGUCUCCAAAACCGGAUUGUGCAAAGUGUGUGCAAGGAAGAUCAGCAAGCACGAAUUUUUCGAGGAGUUUGGCGAAGCAGAUUUUGGAGUUGCGGAGAAUCAACGAAGCAGCGGUAGCCGAAAUACAGAAAAAAGACUCGAACUCUCUCGCCGAACAUCGCUCCGAAAGAGGACAACGCAAGGACUCUCUCUUUCUCUCGAAAACUCACUGAGCAAUUUCUUGCUCUCUCAUCGGUUCCAGCGCUGCUUCGCAGCGAACCUCUCGCCAGUUACCAUCGGAACGGCACCGGCGUAGGAGCGCACACCCGGAUUACAAAAUCUUCGUCGCGGCGUAGUUCCGGCAAGUCGGAACGGUCAACGCAAUUCGGGAUAAUUGGAAAUCGAACGCGAACGCGGGGUUCAGUGAUUGAUUGAGGAGGGGGAAAUCGCAUCGCGAGUGAAACGAGUCGAAAAUAUUCGAGAGCGAGAAUCUCUCGAUUGGGAGCGAGAGCGGAUAAGGUCCAAGAGUGCUCUGUACCGUGGUUCGACUGGGAGCAGGGAGAAGAAGAAGCAAAUAAUUAAAUAUUCCCUGCCCGUGUCAGUGUGUGUGUGUGUGUUUGUGAGGCUUUUUCGUGAGCCAGUGUUGGUCGGAAGAAGUGGGUUCAACGAAGAAGAAGAAGAAGUGCUUGUGUCUAUGUUGCUUUCUUGAUCCCCGACUAAAACGAGGGCAUCGUCGAAGACACCCCGAAAGAAGAAGAAGCUCGGGGGAAUGAGUAAGCUUCUAUCUGCUGGUUUCUAGUCCCUCCGCUGCACACGACCUUCCGAGGUUCCGUACCUAAGAGCAGAAGAGGUUCAGCUUGGUUGGACCUGAGUUCCAGCGCUCGGUUUCGGUGUAUUGGUGUUACGCUGGGGCAACGGAGAAGAAGAAGAACCAGACAUGUGAUAAAUAUGAACACAGCGGUGUUCGACUGAAAACGUCCCGAAGGCGGCCUGCACGGCCGGGAAGACCUCGCCGAAGAGGUGCUACAAGAAGAAGAAGAAGGGUGUGUGUGUUUUCAAGUGGUUCAAGAGAAGAGAAAAAUGACGACGACCGAGAAAAUCCUUCGGCGAAGAUGUGCUUAGACAGCCGUAGUGUUUCGGGGCGUUUUUGUUCUAGUUUGGGAUAAUUUCUCAUCAACACCAUCGCCGCCACCGUGUGUUUCAACGUUUCUAAAAUCGAUAAUCCGCUCCACUUGAGCGCGAGCGUGAGCGUGGGGUUAGCCCUCAAGUGUGUGAACACAGAGUUGCCACACCACCAUGUUGGCCGAAGGGACAUUGCACAAAAGGUACAGGAUCUCCUGGAGAAGGAGCUCGGAGGAGGCGGCACAGCCUCCCCAAGAAGAAGUAGAUCAACCACAGCAAGAAGAAGAUGUCUGCCUUAGUAGUAGGAUCAGUGAUAUCGCCAGCUGUUGCCGGCUCCGGAUAUCGGACCGCCCCGGCUGUUCCGACUGUUGUGAUCCCGCGGAGGACGCGGACGACGACGCCGCCGCCACGGCGUCCCCGUUCCCCUUCAGCAGCUACCCUAGCAGCACCGCGAGCAGUUCUACCCGCAAGUCCGGCCGCCGGCGGCGGACACACCUCCCCCAGCUCCGGCCGGACACCGUCAAGAAAGUCCGGGUGAGAACACCCCGCCGCUCCCGCCUAGUGUUAAUUAGUACGACGAUCCUGCUGCCACUGCUCCUGCUCCAGCCCAGCUGUUGGGCCGUCCUGCUGGACGCCAACGGGGAAAGUGCGGCGGGGCCGGCCGGCGGAGGCGGCGGAGGGGCUCCGUUUGGGGACGGGGUCGGGUUGUCCCUCGGGGGCAGCUUCAAUCUGGAGAAGAGCAUAGCGGCCGUGUUUAGCCGGGUGGCGUACGGCUCGACGACGACGACCAAGCGCAGCAUACCGGACAACGUGUACGUGCCCAGCCUGACGACCGUGUCGACGCCGCUGCUGACGACGUUUAGGUACCGAGAAAAGGACAAGGACCCUGGCAUGAGCCUAGGUGGCAGCGGAAGUGGCGGGGGAGCGCUCGGCGGAACUGACCUGCUUGGUCCGGGACCAGGACCAGGAGGAGCCGGAGGAGCGCCCCACUACAACCAGCAACAGAUUAGCCAGAACCACCGGGGUUACGAGCUGGACCUGGAGCGGGACCACGUGUUGCCGACGUCGGCGCCGAACGCGGAGAUUCUGAAGAGCAACAGCAACCCGACCUAUCCGAAUCCGAACCGGCACCAUGGACACGAUCGGCAUCGGCACUCGAACUCGACGCCGUACCCGCAUGGCCACCCCAAGAAGGGCUUCCCCACGAACCCAAUGUUCCCGGGGGACAUCCCGUCAUACUCCCCACCAUCUCGCGCCUUCUUCACCCCACCACUGCCCCGCAACUACACGAACCCGUUCGCGGACAAACCGACGCUGCGCGGAACCAACAGCGACAGCACCAUCAUCAACACGAACACGUACGUGAACCGGCGCCCACUGCCACCGCCCUCGCUGAUGCCGGGCCACGAGAGGAUCCCGAUUCGGCCGGAUUUGAACGGGAGUGGGGCGCCUGCGGCGCCGAAAGUUGAGGAACCGGUGCUGGUGACCGGGCCGGCGAGUUCGAGUCAGAGUAUUGAGGCGCAGCGGAGGAAGCCGUUGAACACGCCGAGCGAGAAGAGUAACAAGCUGGAGGGGGGUAAGAGUUACGGGGUGGAUAGUAAGUUCAUGCUGGACGGGGGCGGGAACUCGAGUGCGAUCCUGCCGAACGGGAUGCACUUUCCGUCGAUCUCGCGGAUAUUGAGUGGGAGCAACGGGCGGACGCAGACGAUUCCGGAUGUGCUGCUGAGGUCGGUGACGUCGGCGCCGAGGCCGAACCAGCCGACGUUUGAUUUGAAUGCGGGAGGGUUGCCGGCGGUGACUUCGUUGAGUAAUGCUAAGAACUUGAACAAGGGUGAGGGGGAUGAGGAUGGGGAUGGGUUCGAGGGUGGGAAUGAGAACAGUGGGAGUAGGGAUGAGGGGGAGGAGGAGGAUGAUGAUGAUGAUGGGGGUGGGGAUGACGAGGAAGAUGUUGUGGGGGAGAAGAUUGACGGGAGCUUUUAUUCGACGGCGAGUGUGGCGACGAGUACGGUGAGUUCGGCUGGUGGGCAUCCCGCGUCGUCUUCUUCGCCGAUCACGCAGAAGAUGCCGAAUUUGAACUUGAAGUCGGUGAUGAUCAAGGCUAACGCGAGUGGGGAGGAGGUUGGUGGUGGGUAUGGGAAUGAUCGUAACUUUGCGACGGAUAUUGAGGACAUUAGCACGUGGACGAUCGCGUGGAACAUUCACGUGUAUUUGUCGGCGAUCUUGUUUACGAUCCUCGCGGUUUACUCGAUCUUCAAGAUCAUCUUCUACGACAAGUUGACGCACCUGUUCUCGCAGUCGUACUUUAUCAGCAUUCAUCUGAUCUUGAUCAUCAUCUGCCUGUUGAGGAUCUUCUAUCUGUGCUACGACGCGUACAACAUCCACUUCAGCUUUAACCUCUUCACCUCGGAACUGUUGUUAAACCUCCCGCUAACCUUCCUCACGACGACCUUCGCGAUCCUGAUCCUGUUCCUGCUGCUCCGAUCGAUCAACCACAAAACCAACCGCUACAGUUCCAUCCUCCGUCCGCUCACGAUCAUGAUCGGAUCGGGAGUUCACGUGGGACUGUGCGUAACGCUGCACCUGGUUGAGUCGUACGAGACCCAGCAGUUCUACCACAAGCAGACGCAGCUGUUGUCUCGCGGCGGCGCCGCCGGUCACGGCCCCACCAACAUCCAGAUCCCACCGCGCGUGCUCUCCCUGAUCUGCCAGAUCAUCUACAUCUUCAUCUGCCUGUCGCUUGGCAUCCUGUACCUGUACAUGUACCGACUGCUCAAGCGGAUCCUGCACAAGUCCCAGAACUACAUCCACGGGUACAACAAUCUGAGCUACGCGAUCCACAUCACGAUCGCGACGGCGCUGCUGUUCAUCCUGUUGGCGGCGUUGCAGAUCUACGGCGCGAUCAGCAUCAGCUCGCAGACCAAGGUCAAGCUGUCGCCGGCGAACAUGAACGAUGCGGCGGCGGCGAAGAAGACGCUGUGGGCGAGCCACAUCGAGAUCGAUUGGUUCCAGUGGGGUUAUCAGUUCAGCUUGCGGUUCAUCGAGAUCGUGAUCAUUGCGCUGCUGUCGUGGGUGACGGGCUUGAAGACGGGGACGUCGAAGGGAGUGCCGCGGGAGAAGGACAUGGAGCAGCCGAAUGCCAGUGGUUUUGCGCUGUUCCCGUGUACGAGUAGUUCGAGUCAGGAGAACUUUGAGACGGACUACCCGGCGGUUUGUAACGCGAACACGAAUCUGCACACUUAUACGCUGAGGACCGGCAAGCCGAUCUACGACGAUAACUUUGCGUUGAACUCGCUGAACUUGGAGCAGAACUCGGCGCAGGAUCUGCAGCCGAACGACUUCCAGCGGUCGAUCGAGACGAACAGUAUGAGGUCGAGCUCGCACAACUACAGCAACAACUACAACGGAAGUCAGCAGGCGGAUCAGCACGACGACUUUAUCAACGAUGGCGAGCAGAUGCCGGACCACUACGAGAACCCGAACUUUGAGCUUAAGCACCACCAUCGGGGAGAACCCCCGGGUGGAGGUCCGCAGUACCACGACAUCAUGGACAACUGCUACUCGGAACCGAUCAACGCACCUCCGUACGACACCAAGAGUCUACGCGGAAACCCCGGUCCACCUCCCCCUCAACCGAUCCACUCGCAGCAAAACUCGCGCAACUACGACUUCCAGAACUUUGAGCGACCCUCGUUCGACCAGGCCGCCUCCUCGCAGUCAAUUUCCCGCGGCGAGUUCCGCGCCUCCAAGAACCUCAAAACGCUCAAGUCCGGCCAGGCCGCGGCCGCCGCUGCCGCAGGCGGCUACGACGGCGCCAACACGAUGGGCCACCACCACUACAACCACUUCAACAACUACAACGACUCGUUCGAGCGGCGGAUCGGCGUCCGCAAGUCCGGCACGCUCAACAACAUCGGCCACUUUAACCAGCACGGCGGCGGCUCCGGUCGGAACAACAACAACUCCACCUCCUCCGCCUCCUCGUCCGCUUCGUCCAACAAUCGUGCAAUCGCGGCGCAACAGGCCGCCGGGCGACCCCCUCGCGGUGGCGGCCAUCUCAACGGUGCUCAAACGCUAGGCGCGGGUCGCGCCGAUCACCACCACCAUCACCAUCACCACCCGCAAGCCGCGCCCCGGAAUCUGCCCCCGAGCGAGUUCCCCGUCCACCCGGGCAGCUUCAACGAUCGGCUCGCCAACGGCGGCGGCUCCCAGGACGGCAUCAACAACUUUGACGACAACAGCAGCAGCGCCGCCAGCGGCGCCGGCAACUACUACCACAGCAAGAAGCGCUCGCGCGAGUCGUCCAGCUCGAGCUACACCGGCUUCAACGGCAAUGGCGCCCCCGGUCUAGAACAUGGAGUGCCGAACGACGCCGGAAGUUCGUCGCCGACGGCGUCCGGCUCGAACGUGCCGAUUAACGGGCUCGGAGGAAGUAGUUCCGGAAGCAGCAGCGGAGUCCUGCCCGGCAAGAUGGGACCUCCCCCGCAGCAGCAAACUAAUGGUGAUAACUCGUCGAUGCUGGUCGCCGAGCAAGGUUUCGUGCGGUUCCGGGCGCUGGAAGAGCCCGCGCUCGGGUCCCAGCGGACCGCCCUUAGGGAUAAGAACAAGCUAUUUAUGAAUUCUUAGAGUUUAGCGCCGUCGAGUCAGUAGAGAGGCGGUCUCCUCCUUCGUUUCUUCGUUUUUUUCGCUCUAUUUGAAGUUGGUAAUCGUCGUCGCAGCUAUGAAAGCGUUUCUUGGGUACCGACCCCCACCUCCCCCUCCCCCCAUUUCUCUCGUUUUAUGGUUGGAUUAAAUCAUUGUGUAAAUAGUUGACGCGAACGAACGCGCGUGUGUCGGGGGUGUGGGAACGAAACAAUUCAGUCACAAGUGAUCAAUUUAUUAUACUAAUAAAACAAAAAAGUAUAUAGAUGAAAAACAAAAUGGCGCGAAAUGCUACGAUUUUAGUACGUAAGGCUGAAAAAAAACUGAUGACAUUUAAAUAGUUGUGUAUAAAGCUCUAAAUUUAAAAAACUCUCAAGUCGUGAACAGAAAAAAAAUAAACCAGGAUUAAGAGGAAGUCAUGUCGCAUCUUCGCAUUUGUUCGUUGUAAAUUAUUGUUCUUUUUCGCCCCUUUUUCCGCAAACUCGAUAAAUCGAAACACAGUGUACAGUUAAACACACACUUAAAAACACAAACAUUCACACACAAACAAGGGAUAUAAAAACAAAAGUUUUCGCCUUUCCUCCUCCUCCUGUUCCCCUUUUUGUCCAUCAUCAAACCUCUAUUUCGAGUGUGUUUCCGCUUUUGAAAAACUUGUGCAAAUAAUAAAAAAAACUAAAUGUGUAAAAAAGAAGCACUUUACCUGUUAUCAACUUCCUCCCUUCUACCCUCCCUGCAAGUUUAAGGGUGUUACGAGACAAAAUUGAUUAUGGCUGAAAUGAUUUUUAAAAUAACUCAACAGCCUUGUUGGAUCGAAGCAUGCGGUGACCGUAAGGUUUCAAAAUAUAUAUUUUUGCAAUUCCGUCGUGAAACUACUUACUUUUCCUGUCAUUCUUGAACGACGAAAAAGCCUACUUUUCUGUACCAAAAAUAACAGAAUCGAAUAGCAACACUUUUCAAAAUAAAUGCUGAAAAGUUCUACUUUUCAGCACUGAAAUGGGUGCUGAAAAGUUGAACUUUUCAGCACUUGUUUCGAAAAGUAACACUUUUCAACAUUUUUUUGAUUUAAACGAUUUAUUGACAAAAUACAUGAAAAUUCGACGUAAAAUUUCACUCAAUGGGUGUUUUUCGAAAUUGCAAAAAAUGUUGUAUGGAACUCGUUGCAAAACUUGAUUUUUUCAGCACUCGUCGUAUUUAUCCAACUCGGUGAACCUCGUUGGAUAAAUGUACGACUCGUGCUGAAAAAAUCCUCUUUUUGCAACUUGUUGCAUAAACUACUAUUUUUAUUUAUUGAAGGUUUUUUUUUCGGCUCAUGCGAGCUGUUGACAGAAAAUUACAUUACAUUAUUAUCAUUAAAAAAUUGUUUAUUACAAAACUAUAGCUUUUUCGAUCAUUUUUAACAAAAUUGAGGAAUUUUCUGAACAAAACUAAAACAUUACUUUUCAAAUGAUUUUCAUUCUUGAAUUGAUUAAAAUUACCAAAAGUAGUGUACUUAAGGAGUAAAUUGCGAAUCAAAAAAACUCUUACUUCGAUUUCAAGUGUUUUUUUUUCUCUUCAUUAUUUACAUUGUACUCGGAAAAUACAAAACAAAUAAUAACUUAAAAAUUACUUGAAAAAAUUAACAUCAAUUGUUUAAUAUGCUUUUGAGUUAAUAUAUUUGUUCAGCAUUGUUAUCGAUAUAAUUAACGUUAUUUAUCGAUUCGUGGUCGGUGAUAAAUUUUGGCAGAUCAAGUGUCGCAAAUUUUGGUGCAUUUUGUAGAAAAUUUAACAGUUUUCAUGAUCUGAAGUAUGGAUGGAUUUGUGGCAACAAAAAGUAAACAAAAUCCCAAAAAAUCACAAAUGUUGUUUUUUUGAGACUAGGAUUCCAAUAUAAGUAUAAAAUUUUGUAAAUUUUGAAUAUAUUUUAGUUAUUAAAAAAAAUUCUUUGAAAAAAAAUAUUCCCAAAACCUUACUAAAAUUUUCAGUUAUUUCAACAAAUUAUGUUUUUGAUCACACACUUUUAUGUUGCUGGAAUGUUUUUUUUUUUCUUUUUUUUGUAAAAAAAUGUGUAAGGCUACUAAUCUGCUUGUUAUGAAAAUUCUUACAAAUUUUAAUUUGGCCCAAAUUAAAAUUUUCAACAUUUUUAAAUAAACAAAGGUAUUUGUAAAAAUGUUUUGUAAACAAAUUUUGAACAAUGCUGAUUUUCUAAUUUUUAAGUGCUUAAAACUUUCUAAAAUUUAGUUCCCUCAAGAUGUCUUAAAAAAAUCAGGGGCAAAAAAAUACAUUGCCGGAAAUUAUAAAUUUCAUGAAAAAACUUGCACAACUGAUUUAAACUUUUGAAAUAGAUUGUACUUUUUUUUGUAUUUUUAAUCAAAUAGGGAAAAUUUUGAAUUUUGGGGCCACAGAUUGGAAAAAGACAUAACAAUAAAGAAAAAAAAUGUUUUUUUAUAAACUUAUUGCCUUUUUCCUAAUUUUUGAUAAGAGCGUAACUGUAUUAUUUUAAGGCGUAUUGUGAUACUUUUUGCAUUAAAAUUUUAACAGUUGGGCCUGAAAUUUGCAGUUUAUUUUUUUAAAUAAAAUUUGCACCCAGCCAGAAACUCUUCUUCGAUAAAAAAAAAUGUAUUUUUGUUCUAAAAUUUCAAUGUAAACCAUUUGUAAACUAAUAUUUUGCAAAAAAAGAGUGAAAAUAAAUUAUUUAUUUAACUGACAUUCAGUUCUUACUUAUGAAAAGUUAAGGAGGUGUUAGACUAUGACAAACAAACAAACUCGCACUUUUUGUAUUUGACAGAUUGCCAAACUCGCAAACUUGUUUGAGACAAACUCACAAUGAAAUCACAAUGUAUGCAGGCCGACGUUUCUGUAAUCAAAUACAGGCAAACUGUCGAUAAGUGCGAGCUUGUUUGUUUGUUUGUCACAGUCUAAUACCUCCUUAAUAAUAUUACCUAGUUUUUUUUUUUUUAAUUUUUGCUGAUGAAAAAAAUAAUCGUUUUUCAAUCUCAACAUUUUUAAAUUACCAUAUUAAUUGUUGCAACAUAACAAAAACUUGAUAAGAAAUGCUAUAAAUCUCGACCAAAUUAUUUUUUUCAUUGAUGUUUUUGUUCCAUUUUCAAGAUCAUUUUUUUUACUUUGUAGGAGCUGACAAAGCAAUACAUAGUUGGCAUGAAAUUAAUUAAAUAUGCUGAUUUUCAGAAAAGUGAUAAAAAAACAAAUUUCGCGACAAAUGAUACCGGAUUUUUUUUAUAUUUUAUUUCCAUUUUUUUAUUUUUUUUUAUUUUAUUUUUUUAUUUCCAAUAAAUGCAACUAAAAGGGUUAUUCGAACCUGUUUGACAUGCACAGAAAAAAAAACUAGUGAAAUACUGGGAAAUACUCAAAUGUCAUUUUUCUUCAAUUGCGAAAAUCUGCCUUACCUUAUUUUAUCUGAGAACCAUGGCAAACUGCCAUUUUCAAGUUGCAAACGUCAAACCAACUUUCACCAUGCACGCUUUUCUUUAUCGAUGUCGCCUAGCAUCUCUCUAUCUGUCAGACACGAGCAUCCCGAGCAGAAAAGAAACUUUUUAAAAUGUUUCUUUUUUAAUUAUAUUUAAUUUUUGAAGUUUCACAAAUCAUUUUCAUGUUUUUUAGAUGUUGAUUUUUUUUAUAUUUUAUAUUUAUGCUAAUUUUUGAUAUUUUUUGAAGAUUUAAAAAAAUUGUCUGUGUUUCUUUCUCCAACGUUAUUUCCAUAAGUUUUAAAGCCAUAACUAAUUUUGUCUCACAACACCUUUAAUCCUUCAAUUCCCUACAAAACAAGCCAACAAGCCGAAACGCGCCGUCUAUUAAAAAUAGACGAAAAAGAGAGAAGGAAAGUGUUUCACACACACUGAAACGAACUGCAAUUAGCCGUUUGCCCCUCAACCUCCCACCCCUUUAACCACGGUGUUAUUAAGAGAUGAAUAAAACAAACAGAGUUAAAAAAACAGAUACAAUGCAACCAAUUGUGAUGAUUUAAUCCGUCGUUUCUCUUUACCACACACACAAACACACACACUGAAAAAAGAAGCAUCCGCAAAAAUAGUACGUUAAUAAAUGAAAUAAGCCCUGCGCAGUGGUCAUCGUUUUGUCGUGUCGCUGUCGAUGUUUAGUCGAAUAAGAGAGAGAAAGUAAAAUCCCCGCAAACCGAAAAAAAACACUGAGAAAAAUAGCCACACUGAGAAAAAAGAGGUAAACAAAUAAAUGAAACAAAACAGAUGAUUUCGUGUUACAAGUAUUGAAUCGAUGUGUUUUUUUUUAUUAGAGUGUAAACGAAAUAUUUUAAACAUGCAAAUCUUGUGUAUAUUUACAAUUUGUUGGUUUUAAGUUUCCGAGCAUUUUUUUUAGACUUUCCAACAACCGCGCACGGUGGGUUCGCGCGAGCCCGUUAGCCGACGAAAGUUUUGCAAACAAAGACUGAAAUUUGAGACCGAAAUCCCUGCAAAAAUCGUAUUCGUUGGCAAUUUCAAAUUAGAGAAGAAUCACGUAUUAGUCUUGUGCCAUAGAAGAUGUUUUAGUUCGCACAAAUCAGCUCAAACUUGUUUUUAAUUUUAACUUCACAGAUUAAACGCGAUCGGACCCACUGUGCGAAAGGUUGACCUCUUAACUUUGCAUUUAACUUUACUUCUCAAACUUUCACCAACUUACGAAAUCGUGUGCAGCUUUGCGAAACGAAUAUUAUAAAAAGGCUAGUCUCUAUUGUUUAUUUAAUGUUUUUUGUUAGAAAUUCCAUCCACACACACUCACAAACACUCACUCGCAUACGAACCUAAUUGCGUCCUUUUUGUUUCCUAAAGAAAUCUAUUAAAAGCAAAACUAAACUGAAAAAAAAUCAUCUCAUUGAAAUCGACUCUUGCCGCAGCAGUUUACUAAUUAGAAGAUCGAACUAAUACUACUUAAGCAAAACGUCAGACAAACACACACACACACACACACACACACUUGUAAGAAGCAUCACGUCCCAUUUGCAAAACAAACAAACAAAAAACUGUUCAAAAUAUUACAACAAUGAAAAACUCUAGUAAAUAAAUCGUGAAAAUUUCUCUCUUCUCUAAACAAAACAAACAAAAACACGCGCCAUCGUCGCCAUUCAUUCUUUCCGUUCGAAAAUCUUUUACCAAAAAAAACAAACAAUUAAAACAUGGAAAAUAUCGCAAAAAAUCACACUCACACACACGCAAAACAGUCCUCUUGUACAUUUUAUCCUCCUGUGAAAAAAAAGCAAACAAACUUGUGUAAAACAGAAAACUUUAAAAAUAUCGAAAAAAGGAAACGCUGACGAAAGCACGAGCUGAUCGAAACUCGUACAUUAAAUUAGUAAAUAUUAAGUCAGAAACUGCGAAGAAGAAAAAAACUGAACAAAUGAAAAUAUAAUGAAAUUAUAAAUAUUUAAUAAAAACAAACAAA